ACAGUUUGUGUCGGUCGGCGCUAGGACCCGGGAGAGCAGGCUGCCACAGAGGCAUUGCAGACUGCGCGUUUGGGAGGUGUAGUGGAAGAAAGGCAAGAGAAACGGAGUAAAUGAGAGCACUUUUGUCCAGAUUGUUGAAGGACUUAUCAACUUAAUAUACCGCCGAAACUGCUCCCUAUAAUGAGACGGACACACUGUUGAAUUCCUGCGCAGGUAAAAACGCCCGCGUUCCCUUCGCAUGGUUAACUACCAGAGGUCGACAGCUAGACAGGGUUCCACAUGUGAAAGGGUCUGCACUAAAGUUUAAGCAUGUCCUCGACUAUCCUGGCUACAAAGCACAAGGGUCUUCUCCGUUCUCCCAGAGAUACUCUACUAUGUUGACCUGAAGGUAACCAACAUUGAAAAGUCGGCUAUAAACCCCAGGACCUCGGCUCCAGGCUCCUGCACAGGGCUGCGAGAAGGACACUUGAGAAAGAAGGCUGCAUCUCCUCCUGUGGGAAACCUGGAUCCUCAACCCUGCCCACCAACAUGACCAAUGUGGUGAUCGUCAAGGAGGGAUGGCUGCAUAAAAGAGGAGAAUACAUCAAAACCUGGAGGCCGAGGUAUUUCCUCCUGAAGAGUGAUGGUACAUUCAUUGGCUACAAAGAGCGACCACAAGAUGUCGACCAGCUGGAGACUCCUCUGAAUAACUUCUCUGUUGCACAGUGCCAGCUGAUGAAGACGGAACGGCCCAGGCCCAACACAUUUAUCAUCCGCUGCCUGCAGUGGACCACUGUCAUCGAGCGCACCUUCCACGUGGAGACCCCUGAGGAGAGGGAAGAAUGGACCAAAGCCAUCCAGGCUGUGGCCGAGGGUCUGCAGAAACAAGAGGAGGAGAUGAUGGACUCCUCUCCAGACCCGAUGGACAUGGAGGUCUACCUUACCAAACCCAGGCACAAAGUGACUAUGCACGACUUUGAAUACCUCAAACUCCUGGGAAAAGGCACUUUUGGCAAAGUUAUCCUGGUAAAGGAGAAGGCCACGGGACGCUACUACGCCAUGAAGAUCCUGAAGAAGGAAGUGAUCGUAGCAAAAGAUGAAGUGGCGCACACACUCACAGAGAACCGAGUCCUCCAGAAUUCAAAGCAUCCGUUCCUGACAGGACUGAAGUACUCUUUCCAGACUCACGACCGCUUGUGUUUUGUCAUGGAAUAUGCAAACGGCGGUGAGCUUUUCUUCCAUCUUUCAAGAGACCGCGUGUUCUCGGAGGAGCGGGCGCGUUUCUACGGUGCAGAGAUAGUGUCGGCGCUGGACUACCUGCAUGCUGAAAGAAAUGUGGUCUAUCGAGAUCUGAAGCUGGAAAACCUGAUGCUGGACAAAGACGGACACAUAAAGAUCACAGACUUCGGCCUGUGUAAGGAGGGGAUCAAAGACGGUGCCACCAUGAAGACCUUCUGUGGGACGCCGGAGUACCUGGCACCCGAGGUGCUAGAAGACAACGACUACGGCCGUGCGGUGGAUUGGUGGGGUCUGGGCGUAGUCAUGUAUGAGAUGAUGUGCGGCCGACUUCCGUUCUACAACCAGGACCACGAGAAGCUGUUUGAGCUCAUUCUCAUGGAGGACAUCCGUUUCCCCCGGACACUUGGUCUCGAAGCGCGCUCACUUCUCUCUGGCCUUCUCAAAAAAGACCCGAUGCAGAGGUUAGGCGGAGGUCCUGACGACGCCAAGGAAAUCAUGCAGCACAAGUUUUUUGCAGGAAUCGAAUGGCAGGACGUUUAUAUGAAGAAGUUGGUUCCACCGUUUAAACCACAAGCUACCUCUGAAACUGACACGAGAUAUUUUGAUGAGGAGUUCACAGCACAGACCAUCACCAUCACACCACCUGGUCAAGCAGAUGACAGUAUGGAGUCCUUCGACAGCGAGCGAAGACCUCACUUCCCGCAGUUCUCCUACUCCGCCAGUGGGACGGCCUAGAGCAACUCUCACGACCUCCCUCUAAGUCCCACUAUUCUUUCCCAUCACUCCACCUGACUGCACUCUCCACGAAGGCCAGCGGCCCCCGCCCUCCCGGCGCCGCAGCCUCCCAGUUCUGUCUGCAGAGUGUGGGCCGGAGGCAACACAGUCAGAGUCUAAAAUGUCGUGUUCUGUGCAGGAAAAAGUAAAAAGUAAAGAAUAAAACGGGGACGACUGCGGUCGUUCCGAGUGGCCUUUAAAGACGGACCACAGAGUUAACACUAGCCCCCGCACCUCCACGCUCAGUGGUGGGUGAGGGGGCGUGGCUUCCAUGUGCACAGAUCGGGUCUUCAACACGGCCGCUUUGUGUUAAUGUUAUACCAAUACGAAUGAACCAACAGUUUUUAAUCAAAAUGGGCAAAGUGUGGACCAAAAAGAUCAUGUGAGCUGUGUGUACGUCUGUGUCUGUGUGUACGUCUGUGUGUGUGUACGUGUGUGUGUUUCGAGUGAAUGUUGGAAGUUUUUUUUUCUCGACACCAUUUCAGAACAAUUUAACAACAACAUUAAAUUAUAACAUACAACAUAAUUUCAACAUUUCUGGCUUCCCACCUGAAUGUACUUUUUCCCAGUAAAGGCAAAUUUUUCAUCUUUUUUUUUUCUGCACACUUGCAUGAUGUAACGCACGUGUGAUGCUGCUCACACUGAGACGCCACGUUCUCAAGAGGAUUUUUCUUGGGUGGGGGGGUGGUGGGAGGUCAAUGUUCUUCUCUCCAGACGUCAAAUUUUCACUGGUGAGUUUGUUGUAAUACCACAGCACACCACAGGAGGUCAGAUAAAUAAAUGGUGCAGUUCAGAUCAGACUGAUGAUUAUUGAUUACUGAUUUACUCAUUCCCAGCACCUCCAUCAUAACUGUAUGCACGUGUGAUUCCCUGAGAACAACCUCCCCUCCCCCCCCUCCCCCCCCCCUAGUUUCCUGGUCAGGAUAAUAAACUGACCCCGACAACCUGCCUGUCGUUGAGCGAAAACAAAAAAAAAAAACAAAAACAAAAGUGCUUCUACUUCCUGA